AUGGCGGGUAUCUUUCGAACGAUCUAUGACUGGCUUUUGAGGAUGUUCUGGGCAACGGAGAUGGAUGUCACCAUGAUUGGGCUCCAAAAUGCAGGAAAGUCUUCUUUGUUGCGUGUUCUUGCGGUAUUCAGCCGAUCGCUAAUGCACACUGGUAGUUCGAUCCCCACCAUUGGGUUCAACACAAAGCGUGUCCAAAAAGGGCAUGUGACUCUUAAGUGCUGGGAUCUGGGGGGCCAGCCGCGAUUCCGACCGAUGUGGGAGCGGUAUUGUCGAGGCGUUAAUGCGAUCGUUUACAUUGUGGAUGCGGCAGAUCGCGCCGCUCUGCCAGUCGCGACGGAAGAGCUGCAUGACCUGAUGAAAAAGUCCACGCUCGAUGGGAUCCCCCUCCUCGUGCUGGGGAAUAAAUCGGACCUCCCCAAUAAGUUGUCGGUGGAUGAUCUGAUCGAAGCGAUGGACCUGAAAUCCAUUACCCACCGGGAGGUGAGCUGCUAUGGUAUCAGCGCAAAAGAAGAAACCAACCUCGAUGCAGUUCUGCAUUGGUUAAUCGCCCGUGCCAGCCGGUAG